GUUUCUGUCGGUGGAACGUUUUGUUCCUGUCAUGUGUUGGAUCAGCUCAUUGUUUACGUUUGUCGGUGCUGGGUCGGUGGACGGGGCUGCGUUCGGUGUCUUCCUCCUCCCAUGUGUCGGUGAUCCCCGGUGACAGUUGCACAGAAUGGCGUUCGCUGACUUGAGAAAGGAGCUGAGUUGUUCCAUCUGCCUGAGCUUGUAUACAGAGCCGGUGUCCCUGAGGUGCGGGCACAGCUUCUGCCGGGACUGUAUAAUGAGCGUGCUGGAUACGCAGAAGGGGUCCGGUGUCUACACGUGUCCGGAGUGCCGAGCAAAGUACCCGGUGCGCCCCCUGCUGGAGAAGAACCGCAAGCUGUGCAACAUUGCAAAGCACUUCCUUGACACUCAGUCCCAGCUAGAGAGCUCCGGGGUCUCCUGCACGUAUUGCCUUCACGCUCCCGUCCCCGCCGCUAAGACGUGCCUCCAGUGUGAGACCUCCCUAUGCGACACCCACCUGGGUAUCCACAACAAGACCGUGGAACACACCCUGAUCGACCCCACCAGCUCCCUGGACAGCUGGAAGUGUCUGAUCCACAAAAAGAACCUGGAAUUCCUGUGCUGCGACGACGGCGCCUACAUCUGCGUCUACUGCUCGGCCAUCGGCUCGCACAAGGGCCACACGCUGAAGUCGCUGGAUGAGGUGGUGAGGGUGAAGGAGAAGCUGAGGAAACUUCUGGAGAAGCUGUCCUCCAAAAAGGAGGAGAGCGAGAAGAACCUGGAGAACUUGCAAGACCUUCGCAGGAAGGUGCAGGAGAAGACCACCGUCCUAACGGAGCGCAUCGCCGAGCUGUUCACGGACAUCAGGAAGCAGCUGGACUGCCUGGAGAAGAGGUUCAUGACUCAGAUCUCCAGGCACGAAAAGCAGAGCUUGCUCUCCGUCUCUGAUCUGAUCCGGCAGCUGGAGACCCAGAAGGACGAGCUGUGCCGGAAGAUGCACCACGUCGAGGAGCUGUUUAACAUGACGGAUCCCAUAACCGUCCUACAAGACCAGGAUCUGGACACGGAGGACACCGCCAAGCUGGACAAAGAUUCCGAACCGAUCGUGCAGGAUAUUCGGAAGAUCCGCUCCUCCAGCGAGCUGAAGGAGCGCCUGGUGUCGGCUUCUUUGCACGCCUGCGUCUCGGACAUCAUGUCCACCGUGAAAAGAGGUUUUUACGACCCCAAGACCUCCGACAUCUUACUUGACUUAGAAACGGCUUGCCGAAAGGUGUCGGUGUCCGGAGAUCUGAAGUCGGCCUCCUGGUCGGAGACGCCAUUGAACUACCCUGAGAGCGCCAAGCGAUUUACGACGUUCCCUCAAGUUUUGAGCACCAAAGGUUUCAGCACGGGCAAACACUACUGGGAGGUGGAAACGAGCCAGUCCGAGGAUUGGUGGGUGGGCGUGGCUUACCCCAGCAUUUACCGAGGCGGCAAGGAGUCCAGGAUCGGUGAGAACAACAAGUCCUGGAGCCUGAGGACCUACGACAACCACUACUCUGUGACUCAUAAUUCCAGGUCACGUCAACUGCAGACCAAGAUCCCCAUCCAGAGAUUGGGAUUAUAUCUGGAUUACGAAGCGGGCCACCUGUCCUUCUACCAGCUGUGUGACGUCGUCCGGCACCUCCACACCUUCAAAGCCACCUUCAGCGAGCCCCUCCAUGCUGCUUUCUUUGUGUGGAACGAGGGUUGGGUGAGGCUGAGGAGCUAACGUGGAAGUAAACCGGAAUUUCUGAAGGACUGCCCA